CUCUGCUCUGCUCUCCUCCACCAUCCCCCUCCCCCCAUCUGUUUCCUCGCUCGAGAUACCCAGCCGUGCUUUUUGCUGUUGUUCUCGACUCAAUUGGCCUUCCACUUGCCUCCGCGUCCCUACCAUCCAACGCCUUCCCCCACCAUCACCACCACCAACACACCUCUCAACCAGCUGUCCCGCGCCUCAUCGUCCUCCUCGGCUUAGCUCAGCUCAGCCCAGCUCGACCAGACGCACCUUCACAGUCACAGUCACAAUGGACAAGGUCAAAGAAGUCCUCAACAUCGGCUCCAAGGGCGCGGCCCCCGCCCCCGCCGAGCCCUCUCCCGAUGUCCUCGCCGAGCUCAAGUCCAGGUACGCCGACGCUGGCCAGGGCCACGUCUUUAACUUCUACGACGACCUGAGCGCCAGCGAAAGGGGCACCAUGUUCGAGCAGCUGGCCAAGUUCGACCCCGCCCACAUCAACGACAUCUCUCAGCAGGCCACGGCCCCGGCAAAGGCCAGCGACACCCCCGACAAGCUCGAGCCCCUGCCCGACCAGGCCCUCGCCAGCAUCCUCGACUCCAAGCCCGAUGACAUCAAGAAGUGGUACGAGUCGGGUGUCGACCUCAUCAGCCAGAACAAGGUUGCCGUCGUUCUCAUGGCCGGCGGCCAGGGCACCCGCCUCGGCAGCUCCGACCCCAAGGGCUGCUUCGAUAUCGACCUGCCCUCCCACAAGCCCCUCUUCCAGAUCCAGGCCGAGCGCAUCCGCAAGAUCCAGGAACUCGCCGGCAAGAAGGCGGGCGGCGCCUCGGUCGUCGUGCCCUGGUACGUCAUGACCAGCGGUCCGACGCGCGAACCCACGCGCAAGUUCUUCGAGUCCAAGAACUACUUCGGCCUCGACCCCGCCAAUAUCAAGAUCUUUGAGCAGGGCGUCCUGCCCUGCAUCUCCAACGAAGGCAAGAUCCUGCUCGAGAACAAGGGCAAGGUUGCCGUCGCCCCCGAUGGUAAUGGCGGCAUCUACCAGGCCCUGGUGGUCUCGGGCGUGCUGGAUGACAUGCGCAAGCGUGGCAUCCAGCACAUCCACGCCUACUGCGUCGACAACUGCCUUGUCAAGGUCGCCGACCCCGUCUUCAUCGGCUUCGCUGCCUCCCUCGACGUCGACAUUGCAACCAAGGUCGUCCGCAAGCGCAAUGCCACCGAGUCGGUCGGCCUGAUCCUAUGCAAGAACGGCAAGCCCGACGUGGUCGAAUACUCCGAGAUCGACAAGAAGACGGCCGAGGCUGAGGACCCUAAGCAGGCCGGCGUCCUCAAGUUCCGCGCCGCCAACAUCGUCAACCACUACUACUCGUUCCGCUUCCUCGAGUCCAUUCCCCAGUGGGCCCACAAGCUGCCUCACCACGUUGCCCGCAAGAAGAUCCCCUACGCCGACGUCGAGACGGGCGAGACCAUCAAGCCCGAGUCGCCCAACGGCAUCAAGCUCGAGCAGUUCGUCUUUGACGUCUUCAACAUGCUGCCCCUCGACAAAUUUGCCUGCAUGGAGGUCCGUCGCGAGGACGAGUUCUCUCCCCUCAAGAACGCUCGCGGCAAGGGAGAGGACGACCCCGACACCAGCAAGCGCGACGUCAUGGCCCAGGGCAGGCGCUGGCUGGAGGCAGCCGGCGCCACCGUUGUCGCCGAUGGCGGUGUCGAGGUCUCACCCCUCAUCAGCUACGGCGGCGAAGGCCUCGAGAAGCUCAAGGGCACCACGGUGACGGCCCCGGCCGUGCUCGAGUUGGAGUAGAAAAAAAGCAAAACGGCGGUUUGCAAGACACAGCCUUCCCGUACACGUGUUGCGAAUUGCUUGUUGUUGGGCGUUACUGUGUGGAUACUACAGGGACAACAUAAUGGCAUGUUUUUCUUGUUGUUGUUUUGGCGUGGGUUAAUUGUCGCAUGUCGAGCCGGCAUUUGGGACGGCUCGCGAGCGUUGUGGGAAUUUGGGUCUGGCCGAGAGAUAUCACGGCAGAGGCGGGAGCAAUCUGUGCGCCGCGUGCGCAACAACAAAAGUACAGGACGGUACAGAGCCUGGUAUUUUUAACAGUAGCUACGGAAUAGCAUGUGCUAUUACAUGACCCCUUCAAGAU